UAUCGUGUCGGCAAAAUCUUCCAGGACCAUGUCGCAAUCCUCUACGGCACUGAAUAUAUUACCGGAAAUAUUGCUGAUGUCAUUUAUUUGGCAGCGGGUGGAUCCGUGGACUGGGUGAAAGCAACCGCUCAAGUCAAGUACUCACACGCACUGGAACUCAGGGACACUGGCGACUACGGCUUCCUUUUGCCGCCCAGCCAAAUCAUUCCCAGUGGGGAGGAAACCCUCUUGGGAUUAUUGGCACAAUUGUCCGCUAUCCGAAGCGCCACCAUCAAGUCCAGCCCUAAAUAAUGAAGAGAUAUAUAUUCACCUUUUCUGACUUCGUUUCUUGUUACUGCGCUCAUCGUGCAAAAAAAUAUAUGAAUAUAUUUCACACCA